AUGCUAGCACUGCCGUCGUGUAUGAUAUGUAACUUUACUGGUGCUGCCGUCGUUGAUGCUUCUUUAGUUGUUGGUUGUCUCCUUCGAAAGCUGACGAAAGAGCUGCGUGGCCACAUUCCCGACAUUGUGGCGCGAACGGGUCUAUGUUCGUGGUAA